AUGGGUCGGCAACCUCCGGUCCGUGGGCCGGAUGCGGCCCGCGAAGGCCUGGCCACCGGCCCCCGGCUGCCCCCGGCUGCCCCUGCCGCCGCCGCCGCCGCCCGUCGCAACUUUUCGCUGCUCCCCCUCCACCUUUGUAAGCUGGUGAACUGUGGGCUGGACACAUGCAAGGGUAGCUGUGUUGGCUAUUUAACAAAUCCAAUGGAAAGUGCAAAUAUUAGGUUUGACAUCUACAGGAAGGUGCCAAAAGACCUUACGCAGCCAACUUUUACAGGAGCAAUUAUUUCUGUUUGCUGCUGCUUCUUCAUACUGUUUCUCUUCCUGUCUGAGCUUACUGGAUUCAUUGCCACUGAAGUUGUUAACGAGCUCUACGUUGACGAUCCAGACAAAGACAGUGGUGGCAAAAUAGAAGUAAAUCUGAACAUCAGCUUGCCAAACCUGCACUGUGAAUUGAUUGGUUUGGAUAUUCAAGAUGAAAUGGGAAGACAUGAAGUUGGCCACAUUGACAACUCAAUGAAAAUUCCCUUGAAUAAUGGGGAUGGAUGUAGGUUUGAAGGCCACUUCAGCAUUAAUAAGGUUCCAGGCAACUUUCAUGUUUCAACACACAGUGCCACUGCACAACCUCAGAAUCCUGACAUGACACAUGUCAUCCACAAACUCUCCUUUGGUGACAAGUUACAGGUCCAGAACAUUCAUGGUGCUUUCAAUGCACUAGAGGGAGCAGACAAGCUCAGCUCAAACCCUCUUGCAUCCCACGAUUAUAUACUGAAGAUUGUCCCCACGGUGUAUGAAGACAUGAGUGGUAAACAACGGUACUCAUACCAAUAUACUGUAGCUAAUAAGGAGUAUGUAGCGUACAGCCAUACAGGGCGCAUCAUUCCAGCAAUCUGGUUUCGCUAUGAUCUGAGUCCCAUCACAGUGAAAUACACAGAAAGGCGACAGCCCUUGUACAGAUUUAUCACAACAAUUUGUGCCAUCAUCGGAGGGACUUUCACUGUUGCUGGGAUUCUUGACUCCUGCAUUUUCACUGCUUCUGAAGCCUGGAAGAAGAUCCAACUUGGGAAGAUGCAGUAGGCAGAAGGCAACUCUCAACCAGCUUCUGUGGGAAGAAGCGAAGAAUGAGAAGCCCACUGCUAUCUGUUUUUUUCCUCAUUUGAAUGGGUUUAGUUGAUACAUUGUCACUUUGAGUUAGAUCUUUGAUAGCUUUUUAAAGCUGUAAACAAAACAAAACACCCCCAUUAUCAAUCCAAUCCAACCGAAGUCUUUGGAGGUUCACUUCAUUAACAAAGUGUUUUUAAAAAGAGAGAAAGACAACCAUGUUAGUCUAAAAGGGAGGAGGGAAGGGGGAGAGAGGAACUGUUGUGGCAUUUGUAAGGAGAAAACAGUAAGAAGAUAAGCUCCACAGUUCGCUGAGGGUCAACUCUGUUUGUUUUAAAAAGCCCAAUAUGUUUCAUCCUCAAACAAAAUGCCUACUGUAGGGAUCUUUAGCAGAAAUCACUGGAGUUGAGAACACUCCAAAACAUAGGAUCGUUUAUCAUAUAUAUUCAAUGAUCUCUGCUAAAAUGAUUUUUGCUGAAGGCCUCUAAAGAAGGCCUUUUCUCAUUGAGACCGAAACAUGUUGAGCUUUUUUAAACAAAUAAACAGUUGACUAUCUCAGAGCACAUGGAGCUUAACUCUUUACUGCUUUCUGCUUUUAACAUGCUUUUUAGUAUUCUCUUCACUACUAUGACAUUUCUAAGGCUAACAUAUUUGAGUCCUGUACUGGUGGAAAAGUGAGAUAUAAAUUAAAUAAAGAAAUAUUUAACGUUAGCUUUUGUGGAUUACAAUCCACUUAUUCAGAUGCAUUCAUGGAGUGCUAUUGUAUGCAAAGUACUCCAACAGUGCACCUGAGGAUUGUAAUCCAUGAAAACUUGUGCUAAAAUAAAUUUGUUAGUCUUCCAAGUACCUCGACACACUCCACCUCUUCCAUGUCUUUUGAACACGGGAAUGUAAUUCUCUCUGUUCUACUCUCUGAAAAUGAUUUUUGAUGUUAGUCACCUCUCUUUCUUAAAACCAAAUUGUAUGGAUGUGGCUAGUAAAAACUAUUUUUAAAAAACUCACAGGUACUGAAGCCAUGGCAAAAAAGUUGUGGCUAAUUAUGCAAAUCAGAUUUUCUUGGCACAUUCUCUAAUUGAAGAGCCACAUUGUCUUAAAUUAUAUUUAAAAAAGCAAACUACCGUAGUAUGAAUUCAGAAAAAGAGUAGAUAAAAUGAUCUGUUCUGAAGGAUUUGUUCUCAAGGGAAAUACAAAUGCAUUGUGGGGACUGACAUACAAAUAUUUGGGUGAGGGUGCCUGAAAAGCUCCCCUUUGGAUAGACAUUCUCACAGAGUGAUACUGUUAAAUCGAUUAAAUGUUAACAGUAUCUGAUUCCCCUGAAAAAUGAGAGAAUGGUUGAUUUCUUUGAGACUUUGGAAUAUUAAAAUAUUUUUAUUUCAGCAACUGACUGUCCAGUCUGAGUGUUUAUAGACAGCAUAAAGUAACAGAAAGCACGAACAUAAUAAAUCAGAAUAUUAUAGGUUGCAUUUGUAUAAAAGAGGGAGUAUGUAUCUUUCCAUGUAGAAUCUUUGAUUUGAAGAACGGAAGGAGAAAGUACUCAGCCAGAAUUCAAGUAACCUGGACAGGAAAGACAUGUGUAAUACACAGAUGCAGAACAGAUAGGAUGUAGCCUUCAAAUAUUUGCACACCACCAUCAAUGUCUUGCUUAUCUCUUAAAAUUAUUGUACAUUGCAAACAUUUACCACACUGACAGCCAUGAAGGCAAGGGCAUAUUAUUUACUGAUGCCUAAGAGACUGACACAAUGCUGUGAGGAACAGGACAAAGUUGCUGCACAGAGUUUUUGCUGCUCGUAUACAUAUUUCAGUCUCAAGAAUAAAAAUAAUAGAUUGUUCAAGCUCUCAAGGAAUAGUGGGAAGGCAGAAAAAAUGCAAGGUAUAAUUGUUUUUAAAUACACUGUUGAUACUGGUUCAUAGGAAACUAGAACAGGAUCCAUCAGUUAAUUUUCAUGGACUUCAAAUAGCCCUUUGUUAUAUGAACCAAACGGUAAUAUUGCAUGCUCUGUAUGUUUUAUAUUACCUAGGACUGCAUACACAUCUGCUGUGUGUUUUUCAGGUUUUGCUGCACUUCUUAAAACAAACAUUAAGAAUGUCCAUCUUAGUUUGGGAAAAAGCAGUAUUCUGUAGUUUGAACAAUGUGUGGUCCUAUAAGGGUUGCCUUUUAAAAAAAACAAACGUAUCAGAUCAAUAUACUGUGACUAAGUGACUUUGGCCCAGAAGUAUUUCAAAGUAAAAUUCUGUGUAUGUUUAUUUGGAAGUAAAUCCCACUAAAUUCAGUGGGGCUUACUUAAGCAAAGAAAUACAGAUUGCAGCCUCAAUCUGCCCAGCAUGUCCGUUAAAAAUUUCACUAUGUUUUGGUGUAGGGAAGAUAGUUACUUUUUGUGUAUUAAAGUUAGUAUGGAUUUUUUUCUCCAUCCCUUUCUUUCCUGAUUUUUCUCAGUUCUUUUAUAGUGAUAUCUGUACCUCUAGAUUUCCCCCCUAUUUUUCUUAUGAAAUGAAUCGUUACCCUGGUGUAAAACUGGAUCUUACAACUCCCUGUAUCUUGUUUAAUAUUUGGAUGGAUUUUAUACAUUUUUCAUUUGCAAAAAUCAAGUUGAAAAUGAUA